AGGCUACCGCGGCCCGGGGGUCUGUGUUCCGACCCUCUCCCCGCUGUCCGCGGACAUUCCCCGUGUGCGUUGUCGAGCCUGAGGCGCCGCCGGCGGCCGCGCCGACCUUGCAGUCAGCUGUUCCCGUGCUGACGUCACGGGAUCAAUGCGGAGCCGGCAGGGCCAGGUAGCCGGCCGGUCGGCCGGCGGGCGACAGACGCUGGCGGCCGGCCGCCGGGACAACAGUGCCUCGCGGAGCCCGCGCAGUGUGUCAGUGGUCACCGAGCACCAUGGGGAAGUCGGGACGGUCAGUGACGGGCCGCGGGCCGCUCACAAGUCACCUCCUGCUGGCGCUGGCGCUGGCAUCCAGUGUGCACGCGCAGGCACACCAAAUUCGCUCGGACUGGAUCACUCAGGACAAUGAGUACGUGAUGACAUUCGUGAACGUCACCUACCACAACCCCGUCUCGAGCGAGCUCAACUACCACAGCGGAGAGAUCGGCAAGUACUCGAACGGGCUGGUGGCGGUGGCUGCCGGCCGUCUGGUCCAUGUGCGGGCCGCCAACGGGUCGUCUCACGACGGCUGCGACUGGCCCUGGGAGCCGGUGGCCCCGGCGGACGAGCCGUGGGUGGCCCUGGUCACCUACGGCCGGUGCACGCCCGACGUGAAGCUGGAGAACGCGCUGCGAGCCAACGCCAGCGCGCUGGUCGUGUACGACAACCAGCCGCGGGGCCUGCUGCAGCGUCUGCACCUCGACAGCGAGCGGCGCGACUCGCUGGUGACCGUGUUCUUCAGGAAACAGCAGGGUGAGGACCUGGCCGACCUGGUAGACAGGGGCUUCGACAUCUGGAUGCAGCUGACGCCCGGCAGACGCGUCACAUUCUCAGUCGAGAAGCUGAACAGGACCUCGGUGCUGUUCGUGUCCAUGUCGUUCAUCCUGCUGCUGGUCAUAUCGCUAGCCUGGCUACUCUUCUAUUAUGUGCAGCGAUUCCGAUACAUGCACGCCAAGGAUCGACUCGCGCGUCACCUGGUGUCGGCCGCGAGGAAGGCGCUCUCUCGCGUGCCGCUGAGGACCCUGAAGGUGGACGAUGAGCAGCUGGGGGACGCCGAGUGUUGUGCCGUCUGCCUGGAGUCCUACCGCGCCGCCGAGUGUGUCAGGAUGCUGCCCUGCAGUCACCAGUUUCAUAUGGUGUGCGUGGACCCGUGGCUGCUGAAGAACCGCUCAUGUCCAAUGUGCAAAAUGGACAUCCUGAAAUACUACGGCAUGACGGUGGUGACUGGCGAGGAGGGCCUGCCCCAGUUGGGGUCGCCGGGCGAGCCGACCAGCCCCGAGCCGGUGCCCGUCUCCAUGGGGUCCGGCCGCUCCUCACCCCACCAGGCCGACCGGCGGUCACAAACGGCGCCGUCGAUGCCGCCGAGCCUGGUGCGGAUCGCAGUGCCACCUGGCGGCGCAGAGGGCAGCACCUGCGCGGGGGCAGGUGGCAGCACAUGUGCGGCCGGCUCGGCCAAUUCCUGCGAGUCCCAGAUGGCGCUGCAGUGCGCCAAGCUGUCGGACGUCUCCUCGUCGUGUCCGUCGAUGUCCGGGACGCCCUCUGCUGCCUACGACUGCUCCGAGUCUGUCGACAGCCCGCUGAACCUCGACUCGGCGCUCGAGCGAAGGCUCUCCCUGCCAGAUGAUGACUCGAGUCUCAGUGAGAGCGCUGCCACGUUCCAGUCGUGCCAUCCGGCCUCGUGCGAGAGUCUCAGCUGCGGCUCGCCAGAUGUCUCGCCAGGCGCCGGCCGGCCCGAGCCGCCCACAGCCGAUGCCAUGGUAGUCGUCCACAUGAAUGAGAUGGAUACGUGAAUGUGUGGGUGUGAUUUGUGAUGAGAUGUUCUUGUGGUAGGAAGUGUGCGAUGUGUCCUGCUGUGACGAGAGGAUGUUACGCUGAUCGACGCUCGUCACUGCGCGAUCGGAGGCUAAUCGGUGACGUCAGAGGGUGUGUGACGCCAGUGACGUCAUCACUGAGACGCUGGAACAAUUCGCCGUUACCAGCGUCCGUCCAGUCGAGUCUUUCGGGGGCGAGCGGUCAGAGAUACGAGACGAGUCUCCUUGCAACGUCCAGUACCGGCGGCGGCGCAGUUGUGGCCGUAGACGACAGAUGGCAGCACGGGUCGAGGUCAGCUGACUGCCGGACCGCCAGCGUAGCACAAUCCGCCGGCCAGUGAGGGGGCGCCGGGAGCUGCUUCUGGCCGAGGAGGGUCGCGGUCGAGGCCAGAGGGCAUCUGGCGAGUCAUUUUAGACUAGGUUUGCGUUCUAUUUUGCUCUGAUCUGACUAGUGACUCGCUGAGUUGUAUCGUCGCUCUGCUGAAGGUUGGAGUGGUUUUAAAACGCGAGGGUAUAAAGAAGGGUGCCUAUGUUUUGUGAUUUUGCUUCAAUUGUUGAUGCUGGCCGCUUAAGUAGGUGUCAUGUUUGUAAUCUUGUAUGUUCCUGACGUACCCUCUUAUUGCCGAAACAAACAAACCAAAUUGAGUUUUAACUCUAUUGUUCCCGAUUUAUCGGAGUGAAAGUGCUGCGACGAUGUUUUAGGAUGUGCUUUAUUGACUCGAGUGACCGAUUUUAAUGGAUUCGUUGGAUGUCCGCCACCGAGACACCCAUUCGCUCAGAGUUUUAUUCAGUGACUUUUGUCUCUAUGAGACUAAAGCCAGGCACCGAGUCCCAAUUACUAUCCAUGGGGCUGACCGGAUGCCCCGCGUUAGCAUCGAGCCGGAGAUGCGAAAGAACGAUCAACCACCCAGCAUCGCCCCGCCCAUGAACUGUUAAACUACGGAGGCUGGCCGGGUCGGGUGUAUGUCGACCGCAGGCGGGCGCGAGGGCCGUCCUCACACUGUGUGUCACCGUUGGGUGUCCGUCUGUCGUCCGUAUUACUGAGUGUCUCUGAGUCAAAGUGUGUGUGUCUCACGGGCCGGCGCCGCCCGACACUCAAUACAGGGCAUCGCUCCUUGGAGACGACACCAUUCCGUGUGAAGCGAAAAUAUAUGGUUUGUACGCAA